AUGUGUUUUGAUGAGAAACUGGUUUUGGUGAAGGAGAAUAAGACGUGGGAGGAGGCAUUGGACCACUGCAGGUCUCUGGGUGCAGUGGACACAAAUGAUCCCAACUCUCCCUACAGGAACCAUCGCUAUGACCUGGCCACACUGAUCACUACUGAUGACCACACCUAUGCACGGGAGAGAGCACAACAGGCUACUACUGAUGAGGUGUGGACAGGCCUGUAUAACCUGGCUGGUGAGUGGCUGUGGGUGGGUGGAGAACAGAUGCAAUAUGAAAAUAUUCCAAGCUGCCCGACUAAUGGCUUCUGUGGCGUCCUUGAGAAGAGUGUUCAUCUCUCCCAACGCAUCUUCCCUCAUCUGGUCCAUGCACCUGUCCUGCUGGCUCAAGCCUUCUUAAAGAACACCUCCCCAAGGAUCAAUAUGAGGAGUUGGUGCAACGGCGAACUAAGGAAUUCCAGCAGUACAAAGCCAGGUUCUGGUGAGAAAGAAUUGAUAAUCAAGUCCAGGAGCCUGGAGCUGCUCAAUGACAUGCUGGUCAAAGUGUCCUAUACUAGCACAGUCUACCAUAUCAACACUGGAGACCUUGUAACUUUCCAGUUUGAAAACCAUGAAGCUGUGUUCGCUAUUGCCAUCAAGCAGCCUCAUGUACCAGUCCUGUAUGACAUGGGAACAGAUAUCAGCUCUCAAGUUACCAUCGCCACAAAGACCUUCCUGCGGUAUGAACAGCUGAAAGUCUUGUUGGACAGCAUCCGAAAAUUCUAUAGCAACAUAAAAGUUAUUGUUGCAGAUGACAGCUUUGAACCAGAACACAUUACCGGAGAAAACAUCCAACAUUACAUCAUGCCUCCAGCACAGGGCUGGUUUGCAGGCAGAAAUCUGGCUGUUUCCCAGGUAACCACCAAGUACUUCCUGUGGGUGGAUGAUGACUUUUUGUUUACAGAGAAGACAAAGAUAGAGAAGCUUGUGGAGGUGAUGGAGGCGGUCCCUGAACUGGAUGUGGUUGGUGGGUCAGUAAAAAAGAAUCAGUUUUAUUUCUCUCUUAUCUAUGAAGAAGGAGAAGAAACUGAAGGUGGCUGCCUAUACAGGAAGUCUAAUAAGAAAUUACAUUCAGUUCCUGGUUACCCACAAUGCUUUUUGGCCAGUGGAGUUGUCAACUUCUUCCUGGCCCGUACAGAUGCUGUACAGAGGGUGGGAUUUGACCCUAAGCUACAGCGGCUAGCACAUUCAGAGUUCUUUAUGGAUGGCCUGGGCUAUUUACUUGUUGCCACUUGUGGUGAUGUAUCCAUUGACCAUCAACAUGUAGCCAGAAGUGCUCGCUAUCGCAAGUUCAGAAGUCCUAGAAAGGAUGACUCGGAAUUCAAACUGCAGCUUCAUUUCUUCAAAAACCACCUUAAGUGCAUCAAAUAUGGAUAG